GAACAUGCCAUAUUACCAUGCCAUUUCACGGAGCGGCUUGGUUUUGUCGCAAGUCGUCCGGGAAUUCCUUGGGUGAAUAUUGAAGUUUUAUAGUCAUUUAUAAUUCGGUUAUUGGUUAUUAGUACAUGCGUGGUUUUAUUUGUUGAUAUUCACUGGUAAGCCUCUCGGUUAGAAUUCAAUUCCCACGAUGCGAAGGAAAGGGAUGGGUCUCGUGGACACUGCAGGUUACUUGACAUAAAUUUCCGACGCAAAUCGUCUCAUCCACUUCAUGCACACAUGACAAAUAUCUUGCGUUCUACCGCAAAUAAGCCGUCAGAAUUCUACGCUUCAGAACAGAAUCGUUCUCGCAAGGGAUGCUUGAUUCCCAGCCCCGUGAGGAAAGAGUGCAAUGCGCCUAGAACAUGGUUACGGCGCGACAGGAGGGCACAGUUAGAGUAGAAAUAAACACACAUGCCAAACUGCAACGAGCUGUCAGGCAUGGCAACAUCCCCAGCAUAAAGAAAUACGUCACUAGUAUAGCGGACAUCAACUUUAAAUCAAAUGGAAUGGCCCUCAUACAUAUCGCAUCACGACACGGGAAUCUUGACACGGUACGGUAUUUGCUGACUCUUGGCGCAGAUGUCAACACAGUGGAUAGUGAUGGGUACUCCCCGUUGCACUGGGCCAGCAAAGGGGGACAUACCGACGUUAUGGAAGCGUUACUUAGAAAUGGGAGUAACCCUAAUGCUCGUUCCAAAGACGGGACGAAGCCACUGCACCUAGCUGCAGUCUCAGGAAGCGAGAAAGCAGUCGAUCUUUUGAUAAAUAGCGGAGCUGAUGGCAACGCCUUGGAUAAGAAUGGACGCAACGCGCUGUUCCUAGCAAGCGAGGCUGGUCACGUGCCGGUGAUUGACGUACUUAUUCAGUAUGGGUUCAAGGAGCAGGUUUGCCUUAAUGAUGGCAACACCCCUGUACAUACUGCAGCCAUGCACGGACACUCAGACGCCGUCACUUUUCUAAUCAAGCAGGGCGCAAACAAAAAUGCCGUGGACAAAGACGGAUGGAAUGCGCUUCACUCGGCGUGCCAGCGUGGUCAAGUUGGCGUGAUCGAGACCCUCCUGGUCAGCGGCCUGGAGGCAGACUCAAGAAUCAAGGGGGGGUGCACCCCUGUCAUGAUCGCUGGUUGUCAUGGUUAUCCAGAAGCCGUAGACUAUCUUGUUUCUAAAGGAGCAGACGUGCGUUCAUCGGAUGAGUUUGGGUGGACUACCCUGCACUUUGCUGCCCUCGGCGGACAUAUCCCCAUUAUACGGAUGCUUUUGAAGCUUUCUGUGGACAUCAAUGAGCAGACAAGGCGUGGCUCCACUGCACUCCAUAUAGCCGCUAGCCACGGACACCCAGAAGUCAUCAGCUAUCUACUUAGGAAGGGAGCCGACGCCACCAUUGCAGAUAAGGAAGGUUGGACUGUGCUACACUACGCUUGCCACGGUGGGAGACUCUCAGUGGACGUGCUGAAGACUUUGGUCAAGAAAGGCGUUAAAGUUGACGCGGCUUCCAAGUCGGGAAUCACGCCACUUCACAUCGCCGCACGACACGGACAUCAACAAGUGCUAGAAUUUUUACUCAACGAAGGCGGGAAUUUUCAAGCUGAAGACAGCAGGGGAUGGAGCGCUCUUCACCAUGCCUGCAAAGGAGGCCAUAGUAAUAUCAUCGAGGUAUUGUUUCAUAAAGGUUUAGACAUCAAUGUGCGGACGGAUUCUGGACUUACCCCUGUAUCUAUUGCCGCACUGCGCGGCUUUGCAAACGUCUUGGAUUUUCUCAUCCCUCGAGGAGGUGACCUCCAUGUGAGUGACAACAAUGGUAUGACAGCGCUUCACUACGCUAGCCAGAGCGGCGAGAAUAAAGUGAUAGAGAUUCUCCUUGGACACGGUAUGGAAGUGAAUGCUCCGACUGACAAGGGCCUGUCUCCUCUUCACUUUGCAGCUUUGGGCGGGGCGGCGGAUACGGUGCAGUUUUUGGUGUCUAAUGGCGGCGAUGUCAACUUGCUGGACGAGAAUGGUUGGAAUUGUAUGCACUUUGCUAGUCAGGCGGGCAGCACGGAGGUAAUUAAGGAGCUAUGUAAACUUGAAAUGGACCCGUGCUGUCCAACACGUGAUGGGUUGACGCCCUUGCAUUUAGCAGUCACGAGUAACCAGUUAGAGACUGUCAGACUUCUCAUGUCAAAAGGCGCAGAUGAGUACACUAAGACCAGACAAGGAUUCAACGCUUUACACUUGGCGGCAGAAUAUGGCUUUGUGCCUAUCAUGGAGCUUUUCCUGGAGCUCGGGGUUGACACUAACUCACAAACAAACGAUGGCUGCACUGCAUUACACAUCGUUGCACAAGGCGGUCACGCUAGUGCUGUCACGCCACUCGUGUCACGCGGAGCAGACAUGCUUCAGGAAAACCCUGAUAAGUUAAAUGCCCUUCAUAUAGCUUGCUUAGCAGGACACAGAAACGUCGUCGAGGCCUUAAUGCGGCAUGGAGUCGCUACAGACGUCCGAAGCACAACUGGUCUAACACCUCUCCACUAUGCAGCCAAAGGUGGCCACGCCGACAUCGUGGAGUAUCUUGUCGAGCGUGGCGCCAGCGUCAACACAACAGAGGCUAAAGGAUGGAACCCAUUGCAUUAUGCCUGUCAAGACGGUAAGGUUGAUACCGUGAAGAAACUAGUAGAACUGGGUGCACCGCCGAAUUGCCCUACAAGCGAAGGAUCUGUGCCCCUACACAUCGCCUCCCAGCAUCGACACUCGGAUGUCAUUGAUUACUUGAUCGAGAAGGGCGCGGAUAAACACGCAGUCGAUAAGAAAGGCUGGAACGCGCUGCACUACUCGGCUAAGGAUGGGGGCAUCAAGGAAGCAGAGACUUUACUUAACCACGGUGUGGACAUCAUCGUGAAGAGAACCUAUGACGGAGACACGGCCAUCGCUAUUGCUGAGAAAGAAGGAAACAAAGACAUGCAGCAAUAUCUUAAUGGACUGCUGUUCAAGCACUUUGGAAUAAACGCAGAGGAGGAUUCAGCUAAGCAAGGUGCAUAUUGUGCUAUUAUGUAGAGCAGAUGGACAUAUCAACGGACGAGCGGUGAAAAACAACUCAAUUCACUGAAAUACGCAUGCGUAAUGGCGGAAGCCCGCAUGAGCCUGCGAUCAACAGCUGUGGCACCCCAUGAGCCCCACGCAACCUCACUAUUCCUAACACCCUUAGUCACAUCCUCGCAUUGCAGAAUAGGAAACCGUUAUUAUUAACUUGGCUUAUAAGACCACCUAGGAAAGAUUUUAUUUAUUAUUCCAAAUUAUGAUAGCAGAGACCAUAUUGACUUAUUCAAAUUGUGUAAACGUUUAUUGGACUAGAUAUUCGCAAUUUUUGGUAAUUCCGAUAUGAUUUGUAUAAUUACAUAGCAAGUACAAGUACAAAUAGUCAAAUGUUACACAAUA